AUAAAGAGCUCGGUCUCGGGGCGGGUUUGCCUCAUUUGUGUAAAUCGUUUUCGACUCUCUACCUGCAGUUGAGGAAGAAUCUUCACUUUGAGGUGGGCGUCUUGGGGAAUUGGGGGUGAAAGCAAGCAAAGAAGAGGACGUGAUCCCUCUUGCUCCUCACUUCUGUAACCGGGAUUUGCCCAAGGGUCGCUUCCUCCCCCGCCGUGCCCACUAAUCUACCCUCCCAAUCUCUCUUCUGUUGCUGCGCCCGGGUCCCGGCAUGGAAGCACAGAAGGAAGCGCAGCGUAUUAUGACCAUGUCGGUGUGGAAGAUGUACCAUUCGCGCAUGCAGCGGGGCGGCCUGAGGUUGCACCGGAGCCUUCAGCUAUCGCUGGUCAUGCGGAGCGCCAGGGAGCUCUACCUCUCCGCCAAGGUAGAGACAGACGAGGCGGACCUACCCUUCCCGACCGCGGCCCUGGCUCCCGCCCCGAACCUGCCCCAGCCCAUGGCCGUAGCAGAAGUCGAAGCUGAUUCUCCGCAAGUGUCUGAAGAGGCGAUCCUGGCCCCAGAACCCAUGGAAACACAAGAAGCUAGGGAAACCGAGAAGGCGCCCGCCUGCAGCCACCUGCCUCCAGUGCCCUAUGCCACUCUGCCUCAGCGCCCGAUGAAAGCCAACCGCAAGCGGCGGAGCAGUAGCUUGGGACAGGGUGGGGAAACCGGGCUGGUCCCCAGCAAGAAAGCUAGGUUGGAGGAAGAAACGGCUCCGGCUGAAGCGAAGGCUGAGGUCGAGGCUGAGGGUGAUUUGGGGAGGCGGCAGUCGCAGGUGGAGGAGGGGCCCUUCCCCAGUCUGGCCCGAGUUUUACAAAAGCGCUUCUCCGGCAUCUUGAGUAACACCGGGGGCCCACCAAAGCCCACUGCCCCGCCUCCCUCCUGUGAACUCAAGCCGGGUUGCCGCCAGGCAGACAACAUGAUAAACAUCUUGGUGCGGACCGGUGGUGGCUUUCUAACUGGAGCCCGGACUCGGACUGUGCCCAUAGCUUUAGCUGGCCCGAGCUAAGUCGAGGCCGCUGUCUAGCCCGGAGCGACUGGGGGGGCUUAGGCUCUGGUCCUCACCUCCCGGAGAGGAAGACUGACCUCCCUCCUGUCCUUCCCCAGACGCUGGUGGACGCUUUGGUGGCAGAGGGGAGUGGGUGGUGGUGGGGACGAUAGAGCAGCUGCUGAUCUGGAGAAUCUGCUCCAUAAUGCUGCUAAGACUGGUCCGAGAGGAGAAGAUGGGGACUCCUUUUCUGACCUCGGUAGUAGUCGCCCUCCAGGCUGAGGCGGAGGGACUUCGGCGUCAGACUGUGUGGAUGCCGGUGAAGCCAGCCAACACGCCAUCCAGACUAUAGAGACUUGUGGAGGACCCUGGUGGUCUUCCCUUUAAGAGAUUUGCCUCAGACCUUUCUAUUGCAAAGAGGCAUACAUGAUGGUGCUAUUGACAUGACUUGGUAUUUCCUCUUCCCUAACUUAAUGCUUGUUCUUGGCCGCCAGUGGAGGCGGUGGUGGGGAGCAGCGAGUGCUGGUGUGAGGGCGUUUGCUGGGGUGGGAGGUGAGGUGGGGGAGGUGGGUAGAAUCUCCUUUCUCAGGGUUUUAAAACUUUUUUAAAUUGGGGGCGGUACUUCCUGUCCCAUUAAAGGUUUUUUAUAUAAAAUUCAUUGGUGUUUCAUGAGUAUCACUUGCCUCCUUUUUUCCCCUUCAAAGAAAAAAAUCAGCCACCCCUACAAUGACACACUUGUUCAUAUGAUCAUACUGACAUAAUGGGCUCAGGGAACUUCCUGUUUGCUGUCUUAGGAACUCAGCGUGAGGUCUUGGGUGGUGAGUUGGGAGGGAGUGGUGGGAUUGCUCUUUGGGGUAUUGAGUGCCUCUGUUGGAGGAGUGAAGUGUGGGUGUGUAGAGUUAGGGUUUUAUGAGUCAUUUAACCUAGAAAGGGAAGUGAUUCCUAGCUAGAUUCCUCAUUAAUGAUGGUCAGGAAAUAGGGGUUUGGAAUUCCAUGCCUCUUGUCCAUCUAAGAUCUAGACUAGACUGGUCAUCUAGUUCUGAGUCACACUGGGAGAAGGGUCAGGGGAAGAAGAGAAAUACUAGAAACUUAUAUACCCUGACUGAAGAGGGAUGUUACCACCCUACCAUAACCAUAGGUCUUGUAGGGUUGGUGUUUAAAAAACAAGUAAACUCAAACCGGUAAACUGGUAGAUUUUGUUUUUGAGGUCUGGAAAAACAUCAAAAAACAUGCUCAUUGGUUACUCCCAUCCACACCUGGGAAAACAUCAGAGCAGUGAGUUUUGUCCACAAGUCCUGAGACUCAAUUUGGGUCUCUCUGUUUCUUUCUAUUAAGCCAUUAAACCAUUUUCCUACAAACAUGUAUCCUCCUCUUUCCUUGAACGAGGUUUAUUUGAUUUUUUUGUUUUUAAACCAGCUUUUGUGUGAUAUUGCCAAACUGAAAAUAAAAAGAUCUUUUCAAUUCAA